AGAACAGGUCCACUGAAUUGUUGCGCUGUUUCUACACCACGAAGAUCAACAACGUCUAACGUCUGUCUGUCUGAUUGAUUUUGCUUCAGUAGUUCAAUCAGUUUAGUGGAUAUUUUCCAUAGUGAUACAGCAGGAACAGUUAGGAACGAACCUACAAUCAUCUUCAUUAAAUAGGACGGGAUUAAAAGUAAAGGAUAAAACUGGCAUUUUGAUCCUUGUAUCAUUAUUGACACGAUGAUGUUCACCAACAAGAAAAACAGCUUGCCACCGAGGCCCCACAUGCCAGACCAUAAACACAUGCUGGAGGAUCUGGACAGAGCCGUGGUGGACGACGUAGCGUUCAAAAUCAUAAGUGAUUUGUGCAAAAAGGAAACCUACGGUCCGACGGGUACUAACAACUCUGACGAUAUAUACAAAAAAGUGAAAACCUAUUUGAAUACCAAACAGCAAUUGAAGCAACUGGAGUGUACUUUGAAGAAAGAGGGACAACAAAUGCUCGCAGACAAUGAAGAGAUAAAGAGGCUUGCGGACGAUAUUAGGAAGCAGGCGCAAGCCGCUCUGGUAACAUAAUGGGAGAAAUAAAUUCAUAUUUGCGAGGGUAUGCUAGUCACAUGGCGGUAUUGAGUUUCAACAAUUAAUUCGUCUCGAAUCGAGAAACUACGCUAAAACGAUUAUAUAAUUUAUUCCACAAAAUUUUGGCCAUUGUCAAUCUUUAGCCAAUAAUGUUUCUAUUUGUAUCUUUAUCUGGAGCUCCUUAGAACUUCUGCUUAUUUAAAGUAAGUAGACGAAUUCAUCUGUUACAUAGAAAAUAUUUUUGAAUUAAUAAUUCAAUGUAAAUUUGAUUAAUGUCUGUGAUUUAAAAAAAAACAUUCGCCAAU